AUGAUGAUCGGAUCUUGGCAUGUUUACAAGGUCUUAACUCCAACCUCUAAUAAAUCUCAAGAAUUAAUUGAUAAUCAACAAGACGAAGACGAAUAUUAUUAUAGUGAAAUGGCUGCAUUUAAUCGACAAAAUGGAAAUACAAGUGAAACACGAUCAAUUGGUGGUGGUAGUUUAACAGAUGAUGAAUCAAAUCUAUCAGAUAAAAUUCGUACGAAUUUAAUAAUUAAUUAUUUACCACAAACAAUGACACAAGAUGAAAUCAAAGAUUUAUUUGGUACAAUUGGUGCUAUUGAAUCAUGUAAACUUGUACGAGAUAAAACAACAGGUCAAAGUCUUGGUUAUGGCUUUGUUAAUUUUAUUCGUAUAGAAGAUGCUGAUAAAGCUGUUAAAACAAUGAAUGGUCUUCGAUUACAAAAUAAAACAAUUAAAGUAUCUUUUGCACGUCCAUCAUCGGAAACAAUUAAAUUUGCUAAUUUAUAUAUAUGUGGUAUACCAAAACAGUGGACAACAAAAGAACUUGAAAAUUAUUUUACGUCAUGCGGAAAAAUAAUAACAAGUCGAAUAUUAACAGAUUCUAAUACAGGUGCAUCGAAAAGUGUAGGAUUUAUUCGUUUUGAUCAACGAACCGAAGCUGAAGUGGCUAUUAAUAAACUUAAUGGCACUAUUCCAAAAGAUCCAAUAAAUGUGAAAUUUGCUAAUACACCAAAUGCUGCUAAAUCCAUGAUUGGUUUACCAUUAGCACCAUCUUAUUUAACCGGUAUUCCAACACCACAACAGCCUGUACUUACAACUGUACCAUCUAUUCGUCAACAAUUAAACAGGUACAGAGAAACGCACGAACGAUCAAAAUAUCGAUAUUCACCAUUAUCACCGGCUGAUUUCUUUGCUGCCGCUGCUACAGCUUCUUAUUUACCGGCAGCUGCUGCUGCAGCAGCAUCAGCUACAACAUUAUCAUCAUCAACUGAUAUAGCAUCUGUUGGUUGGUGUAUAUUUGUUUAUAAUUUAGCACCUGAAACUGAAGAAAGUAUUUUAUGGCAAUUAUUUGGACCAUUUGGUGCUGUACAAAAUGUUAAAAUAAUUCGUGAUUUUCAAACACAAAAAUGUAAAGGCUUCGGUUUUGUAACAAUGACUAAUUAUGAUGAAGCUUUAAUGGCUAUCAAUUCACUUAAUGGUUUUACACUUGGUAAUCGUGUAUUACAAGUAUCAUUUAAAACAAAUAAACCAAUACCUAUUCGUGCUUUCUAG